UUGCGUCUCUCGUCGGCAUUUUCUCGAGCUUGGCUAGGGUUUGCGGCGCGCGCGUCGUGUGCUCUUGGCGGCAAUCGAUUUCUUGUCGCGAUUCCUGGGAAGGAAAUCGCUGUAGCAUAGGAGGAGGAGCGGCAAAACGUCGUCAGCUGGAUCGAUCUCGCUUGGUCUUGUUGCGAUCGCACAGUGGCCGUCUUUCUCUAGGGUUUUGGAAUGGGAGGCGAGGAUAAUCUCGAUGCCGCGCCUGUCAUGCCGCCGAAUUUCGGCGCUGCGUCGAUCGAUGCGCACAAGGAAGGCCAGGAGAGGGAGAUCGGCAAGCACGGAUUGAAGAAGCUCCUUGUCAAGGCCGGGGAAGGAUGGGAGAGGCCGAGCACUGGGGACGAGGUCAAAGUUCACUACACUGGCAUGCUUCUCGAUGGAACCGAAUUUGAUUCCAGUAGAGAUCGAGGAGAGCCUUUCUCAUUCAAGCUUGGUGUUGGUCAAGUUAUCAAGGGAUGGGACCAUGGCAUUUCUACAAUGAGGAAAGGAGAGAGUGCUACAUUUACAAUUCCGCCAGAGCUUGCCUACGGAGAAGCUGGCGCUGGCCCGUCGAUUCCCGGCAAUGCAACGCUCAAGUUCGAUGUGGAGCUGCUCUCGUGGGACAGCAUCAAGGAAAUUUGCAAGGACGGAGGCAUUUUAAAGAAGAUUGUGGCCGAGGGUCGCAACUGGGCGACUCCCAAGGAUGACGACGAAGUUCUGGUGAGAUUUGAGGCGAAGCUGGAAGAUGGAACUGUCGUGGCAACAACGCCACUGGCUGGAGUUGAAUUUCGCGUCACAGAUGGAUACCUUUGCCCCGCUAUCAGCAAGGCUGUGAGAACCAUGAAAAGGGAGGAGAAAGUUAUUCUCACGGUAAAGUCGCAAUAUGGAUUUGGAGAAGCUGGGAAGAAGGCACACGGUAAUGAAUGUGCUAUUCCGCCAAACGCGAGUUUGAUUAUCAGCUUAGAGCUUUUGUCGUGGAGAGUCGUAGACUAUAUCACACCGGAUAGGAAGGUUGUCAAGAAAAUUCUCAAGCAGGGUGAGGGUUACGAAAUGCCUAACGAUGGAUCACUUGUUAAAGUCAAGUACGUGGGAAAGCUUGCAAAUGGGAGGGUGUUUGACGAGAGAGGCCUAGCUGGUGAACUGUUCGAAUUCAGAGUUGAUGAAGAACAAGUGAUAUCUGGAUUGGAUAAAGCUGUUUCUAAAAUGAAGAAGGGAGAGGUUUCCCUUAUUACCAUUGAUCCUGAGUAUGGCUAUGGUAAUUCUGUCACUCGUGGAAGUUUGAGCCUUAUACCUGCGAAUUCAACGCUUACCUACGAACUGGAGCUGGAUUCUUUCGUAAAGGAAAAGGAUCCAUGGGAUAUGGAUACAGGGGAAAAGCUGAAAGCUGCCGGUCAGAAGAAAGAAGACGGGAAUGCUCUUUUUAAAGCCGGUAAAUAUCAGCGCGCCUCAAGCAAGUAUGAAAAGGCCAUAAAGUACAUCCAGCACGAUAACUCCUUCAGUGAGGAGGAAAAAAAAGUCGUAAAGAAACUCAGGGCCAGCAGCAAUCUGAACAAUGCGGCGUGUAAGCUAAAGCUGAAGGAAUACCAGGAAGCAGCAAAACUAUGCACAACGGUUUUGCAAGUGGAGUCCCAGAAUGUGAAGGCUUUGUAUCGGAGAGCACAGGCUUACGUUGAAACUUUGGACUUGGAUCUGGCCGAGUGGGAUCUAAGGAAAGCGUUGGAGCUUGAUCCCAAUAACAGGGAGGUGAAGGUCGAACUAACAAGGCUAAAACAAAAGGUUUGCGAGUACAACAAGAUACAGGCGAAGAUGUACGGAAACAUGUUUGCUCGUUUAAGCAAGAAGGUGGAAGAUAGAGGAACGGAGGUACAAGAGCCGGAGCGCAUGGUAACGGAGAAUUAGAGCCUGAUCCCUCGUGAUCCGCAAUUUUGAGGUUAGCUUGGUUGUUUUAACCGAAGCGCAAAGAAGUUUUGUUUCU